AGAUAAUCUCUUGGGAAUUUCCUGGGUUGACAGCUCCUGGAUUCCAAUAUUGAACAAUGGGAGUGUGUUGGACUAUUUCUCAGAGCGAAGUAACCCAUUCUAUGACCGAACAUGUAACAAUGAAGUUGUCAAAAUGCAGCGGAUGACCUUGGACCAUUUGAACCAGAUGGUUGGAGUGGAAUACAUCCUCCUUCAUGCUCAAGAGCCCAUUCUCUUCAUUAUCCGAAAGCAGCAAAGGCAAUCUCCAACACAAGUUAUUCCAUUGGCCGACUACUAUAUUAUUGCUGGAGUGAUUUAUCAAGCACCUGACUUAGGGUCUGUCAUUAAUUCCAGAGUUCUCACUGCAGUGCAUGGAAUCCAGUCUGCUUUUGAAGAAGCUAUGUCCUACUGUCGCUAUCACCCGUCCAAGGGUUACUGGUGGCAUUUCAAAGAUCAAGAAGAACGAGAGAAAGCUAAACCAAAAGCUAAGAAGAAAGAAGAACCAAGUUCUAUUUUCCAAAGGCAACGGGUAGAUGCUUUGCUCUUAGACCUAAGACAAAAAUUUCCACCCAAAUUUGUUCAGCAAAAGCCUGGAGAAAAGCCUAUCCCAGUGGAUCAGAUCAAGAAGGAACCAGAACCAGCCCCUGAAGCUGUCAAGCCAGAGGAAAAAGAGACUGUGAAGAAUGCUCAGCAGAGUGCUGGUGCUAAAGGACCACCUGAAAAGCGAAUGAGACUCCAGUGAAGGGAGAAGUUGCUACCCAUCUGGAUUCAUCGGUACCUGGAAAACAGGGGGUUGUUGCUCCCCUUUCUUCCACUGAGACUGGUGAUUCAGGGACUGAAGCAGGAGAAGACUGAAGAAAAGAUGCUUUUUCUGUAGAAACCUCUCAUACAGGUGUUAAUAUCAGGAUGUGAGCUGCCUUUAAAAAGGUGUUUUCAGUAUUCAUCUUAUUUUGAAUCUUGGCUUUUGAGAAUGGUUUUUACAUGGCCAUAUUUAGCAGCCUUAUGAAAUCUUUACAAACUCUUGCAUCAUUUAUGUCUAGGUUUCCUAUGUAAAAAGAAAAGCAUUUUCUAUACAAAAAGUAAUCAGAAUUCUUGGAAAAUAAAACUCCUGGCUACUGGAA